CGCCUCUGAUCAACUGCAGCUGGUUUUCACUGCUGGUUCUCACGAUGUUGACGUCUUUCCCUGAGCUGUACUUCAAUGUCGACAGUGGCUACCUGGAGGGCCUGGUGCGCGGCUUCAAAGCGGGUGUGCUGAGCCAGUCCGAUUACGUCAACCUGGUGCAAUGCGAGAGCCUGGAAGAUCUGAAGCUCCAUCUCCAGAGCACAGACUAUGGGAACUUUCUGGCGAACGAAGCCUCCCCUCUUACCGUGUCCGUCAUCGAUGACAAGCUGAAGGAGAAGAUGGUGGUGGAGUUCCGCCACAUGAGGAAUCACGCCUAUGAGCCCCUGGCCAGCUUUCUGGACUUCAUCACGUACAGCUACAUGAUUGACAACGUGAUCCUGCUCAUCACCGGGACGCUGCACCAGCGCUCCAUCGCCGAGUUGGUGCCCAAGUGCCACCCCCUGGGAAGCUUUGAGCAGAUGGAGGCGGUGAACAUCGCUCAGACUCCGGCCGAGCUGUACAACGCCAUCCUGGUGGACACACCCCUAGCUGCCUUUUUCCAGGAUUGCAUCUCAGAGCAAGACCUUGAUGAGAUGAACAUUGAAAUCAUUCGCAAUACGCUGUACAAGGCCUACCUCGAGUCCUUCUAUAAGUUCUGCAAGAUCCUGGGAGGCACGACCGCUGAUGCCAUGUGCCCCAUCCUGGAGUUUGAAGCCGACAGGAGGGCCUUCAUUAUCACCAUCAACUCCUUUGGCACAGAACUCUCCAAGGAGGAUCGGGCCAAGCUGUUCCCCCAUUGCGGGAAGCUCUAUCCAGAGGGCCUGGCUCAGCUGGCCAGAGCGGAUGACUAUGAGCAAGUCAAAGCCGUGGCCGAUUACUACCCAGAAUACAAACUUCUGUUUGAAGGAGCAGGCAGCAACCCUGGUGACAAAACCCUUGAAGAUCGAUUCUUUGAGCACGAGGUGAAGCUGAACAAGCUGGCCUUCCUGAACCAGUUCCACUUUGGCGUCUUCUAUGCGUUUGUGAAAUUGAAGGAGCAAGAAUGCCGCAACAUCGUGUGGAUUGCUGAGUGCAUCGCCCAGCGCCACCGGGCGAAGAUCGACAACUACAUCCCCAUCUUCUAAGCGUUUCCUCUCUCCUCCUGCUGUGGAUUCUCCCACCGAUUCCUCCAGUCCCCAUCCGAACCCGUCUCCUCCCACCUUGUGGAUCUGGAAGUGGCUUUGGGGAGGGAGCGCCAGGCUGGGCCCCCCAGGGGACUCUUAUCCCAGUAUGUCGGGGCCCAGCUUGCUCUCUCCUGGGGAGGGUCCCCAUCCCUCCUCCUCGUCGUGCCGUGUCACUGUAUGUGCUUGUGUAGAUCAGACUAAAUCAUUCUAUAUCUGAAGUUGACCUUUUUUGCUCAAAGGAGGGGGGGGGACUGGUGUGGCACUGCAGGACAAGAGAGUGUCUUCUGCUGUUACCUUGUCUGUGAUGUUGAACGCUGCCCGGAGAGUUGACAUAGUGGCCCUGCUGCGCCACUGCCUGCCUGGAACAGUCGUGUUACAAAAAUUAAACCAGUUCUCUUUCCUGGCUCCCUUUUCUUCCCGGGAAGCCUGGGAAUGCCAGCUCAGUGAGGAUAUGUCACGGCAGAAGCCCUCAUAGAACUGCCGCGGGCAGGGAGCCAUGAGGGUUCAACUGGUUUAAGGGGGGGUGUGUUGUUGUUGUCUGUCUGUGGUGUAAACAUGACCUGGGCGUCCAUCACCGAACCGCCUCAGGCUCCAGUGAAGCAUGCCCACGGUGGCACCAGCCAUUUGGGGUUUCCGUGCCCCUCCGCUCCCUGGGCCAAAGUAGUCUUCAAACCAUUCCACCUGCUAACUGAGGAAAGAGCUGGCAUGGCUUACGGUGACGUAAACACCUCCAGGGCCCCGGGGGGCACCUCUGCUCAGCCUUCCACCUUUUGGUAGGCAUAUCUUGUUUCCCAGGAGCCUCGGGAGGAAAGGAGCAAUUCUCUUUUUUGCCUGCUGCAGAAUUUCUCUGGGAACAUAAUUCCUUUUUCUCUUGUCCUGCUAGCU